AUGUCCAGUGACCUGAGAUCAAAGUUUGAAUUAGAACCAAAUCCAUUUGAAAGAUCAUUUGCAACAAAAGAUUCAUCAUUAUCAUUAAGUACUACUGGUCAACAAUCAAGAAAUGAAUCAGCUUCAGAAAUUGAAACUAUUGGUAAUAGUUCAAAUCAUUCAAAUAAUCAUCAUAUAAAUAAUAAUCAAAUCAAUAAUAAUAAUAAUAAUAAUAAUAAUACUAAUGGUAUAAGUAAUAAAAAUAAUUCAUCAUAUGUAAAUUUACAACAAGAUCAUCUUCAUAAUAAUCAACAACAACUUCAGCCACAUGUUCAAUCAUUAAUCCCAUCAAAUAAUAAUAAUAAUAAUAAUAAUACGCAACAAAAAUUACCUGGAAUAACACCUCCUCUAUUUACACCAGGUGGAAGAAGAUUACCUCCAAUUGAUCAAACUUCAAAUCCUGGAACUCCUACAACAAAUUUAUGGAAUAGUUUAAUUAAUGUAUCAAAUAAUCAACAACAAAAUCAAUUACCUCAUAAUGGCAAUAACAUUAAUAAUCAGCAACAACAACAACAACAAAAUUAUAAUCAAUUUAUAUCAUCAAUAAGAAAAACAGGUUUAACUCCAAAUGAAUCAAAUUUAAGAUCUGGUUUAACUCCUGGAGGUUUUAAUUUUAAUGUACCAGGUUUAUCAACUCCUAGUGCUUUAUUAAAUGGUCCAAUAACUCCAGGUUUAUCAAGUUUAUUGGGAUUGACAACUGGAAGUAAUCCAUUAAUGAUGAAUUUAAAUAAUACAGGUGUAAGUAAUCAACAACUUCCUAUACACCCACAACCACCAACACUACCACAACAACAUUCUCAACCACAACCACAAUCACAAUCACAAGUACAACCACAAGUACCACAACAAAUGCAAUUUCAACAAAUUCCUCCUCAAUCUCAUCAUCAACUGGUUUCGUCAUCUAAUCAUUCAAUAAAUUCUAAUCAACAAAUACCAUCAAUACAACAACCUGCAAUAUCAAAAGAUCAAUCUCCACUAGAACAAUCUAAACCAAAUACACAAUCACCAAAUCAAACUGAACUACAGCCAUCCGAUAAAAGUAAAACAUCAAAUACAGAUGAAAAUAAACCGAAUGGAAAAACCACCAAGAAAAGAAAAACUUCUAAUAAUAAAACACCAACCACCACCAAAAAACCAAGAGUAAAUAAAUCCAAAAAAUCUAAAACAAAUACAGAGCAAGUGGAGAAAGAACAACUAGAUAAAGAUAUUAAAGACGAAGACGUUACUGCAACUCACACCACUACCCCUACAACCAAUAAUAUCACCAAUAAUGAGGUUAACGACGACGAUGAUGAUAAUGAAGAAUCAAAAGAAAAUAAACCUAAAAUGAAUAAAAGAAAAUCAUCAAAUGAUGAAGAAAAACGAAAAAACUUUUUAGAAAGAAAUAGAGUAGCAGCUUCAAAAUGUAGACAAAGGAAAAAACAAUUAAUACAAAAAAUGGAAGAUGAAUUAAAUUUUUAUUCAAAUGGUUAUAGAGAAUCAAGUGCACAAGUUGCUCAAUUAAGAUCUCAAUUAAUAAAUAUAAAAAAUAUAUUAAUUGCUCAUAAGAGUUGUCCAACUUUAGCUCAAUAUUGUGGAGGAUUUGAUAAUUUAUCUAAUAUUAUACAAGAAGCAAAUUUUGCAACUGAAGUAACUGAGAAUGCACAACAAAAUAUAAGUUCAAUUCCAUCAACAAUUCCAACAACUUUAAAUCAAUUAUAA